AUGGCGACGAAGGACUCCUUACCCAAGCCAAUCACAGCGGCGGACGACGUGAAGGAAGCACCACACACGGUGAUGAUCCUGAAGCGGCCGUACGAGAACGUGCAGGACCAGUAUAGCAUGGGCAAGGAGCUGGGGCGCGGGCAGUACGGCGUGAUCCGCGAGUGCAAGGACAAGAUGACGGGCGUCCCGUUCGCGUGCAAGUCGAUUAGCAAGACGAAGCUGAGCGGCACGCGCGAGGUGGAGGACGUGCAGCGGGAGAUUAAGGUGAUGGAGGUGCUGCGCGGGCACUCCGCCGUGAUCGAGCUGCACGCGACGUACGAAGACCAGAAGCGCGUGCACCUGAUAAUGGAGCUGUGCGAGGGCGGGGAGCUGUUUGAGCGCAUCAGCCAGCGGCACCACUACCCCGAGGACGAGGCGGCGCUGCUCACACGCACGCUCAUCUCCGUGGUGCACCACUGCCAGGCGCACGGCCUCAUGCACCGCGACCUCAAACCCGAGAAUAUUCUUCUCGUCAACCGCAAGUCGCACACGCAGGUCAAGGUCGUGGACUACGGACUCGCCGCGUUUGUGAAGCCUGGCGGCAAGCUGACAACAAUGGCGGGCAGCGCCUACUACAUAGCCCCCGAGGUGCUGAACAACAACUACGGCAUGGAGGCGGACAUGUGGAGCGUGGGCGUCAUCCUCUACAUCCUGCUCUGCGGCCUGCCGCCCUUCUGGGCGGAGAAGGAGGAGGGCAUCUUCGAGGCCAUCAAGACGGGCAAGGUGGACGUGUUCUCGGGCGGGUGGGAGAGCGUGUCCAUGGACGCUAAAGACCUCGUGCUCAGGAUGCUUACCAGGGAUCCGCAGAAGCGCAUCACGCCGGAGAAGGCGCUCGGUGAGUGGAUGGCUGGCGGAGGUUUUGCAGAGGUUUGUUGGGGGGAGAAGGAGAAGGAGGAGGGCAUCUUCGAGGCGAUCAAGACGGGCAAAGUGGACGUGUUCAGCGGCGGGUGGGAGAGCGUGUCCAUGGACGCCAAGAACCUCGUGCUCAGGAUGCUCACCAGGGACCCCCAGAAGCGCAUCACGCCAGAAAAGGCGCUCGUCUUUUCCCCCUCGUUCCCUCCAAUCCUAACUCAUCACCACUCACCUUCCCCACCUGUCCGCUCCCCCACGUUCCUCCUUGUGAAGUGUUGUCUUCCGCUUCCCCCCCUCCCCCCACCGCAUCCUAACCGCUGUUCACUCUCUCCUUCUCUCCUCCUCCCCGGCCGCCCUCCCCUGUCCCACUCUCCCCGUCCCCCCAUCCGCCCGCCAGCGCACCGGUGGAUAAAGCAGCACUGCAGCAACGCGGCGGACCAUGUCCCCGGGCUGCCCGCGAAGCCAGUGACGGCGGACUCGCGCGCGCACCGCAAGGCGGGGGACUCUCCGCGCAUCCCGCUGCCAGACGGCGACCGCCGGGGCAGCAGCAGCAGCAGCAGCAGCCGCAACAUCGCCAGCAGCAGCGCCAGCCGCAGCGGGGGCGCGGGCGGGUACAGGUACGGGAAAGACGGGGAUUUGGCGACGGUGCUAGCUAGCGCGGACCUGGCGGCGGUGGCGGACGCUGUGGCGGCGAUCCGCGCGAGUGGCGCGGGGGAGGAGCGGAAGGAGGAGUUAGCCGCGCUGCUGAAGCUGCAGGCUAAGCUGAAGGCGAAGGAGGGCGCGGGGGGGGAGGGGGGGGCGGCUGGCGGCAGUAGCAGCAGCAGCAGCAGCAGGAGACCGGAAUCCGCGUCUGCUGCGUCGUCCAGGCGGAGCGCGAGAGACGUAGAGAGGGCUUUAGCAGGGGCGUUGGCUGCUAAAGGCGGCGGGGGAAGCAGCGACAGGGCGAGGCGAAGCAGUUCUAACAUGAGCCGCACUAAAACUGCUGAUACCGGCGCUCUGUUGGCUGCUCUGGCGGAUCUGCAAGACGGAGGGGGAGGCGGAGGGGAGAGGGGCGGGGGGAGGCACAGGAGAACUGGGUCCCGCGGGACGGAUGCUGGGGAUGAUGAGGAGGAGCGGAAGCGGCAUAGGGACCGGGACCGGGACGGGGGAAAGGGAGGGAAGAAGCAGGAUGAUAGCGUGAAGGAGAUGUUUGCAGCGGCGAAGGACGCCCUGAGGGGCAAGGAGAAGGACGGAGGAGGCGGGAAGGAGGACAAGGAGCGGCUGGCGAAGCUUCUAGCGAAGAUGGAGGAGGUUAAGGCGUGGGAGAAGGACCGUACGGGCGCACGGCCCUCCUCGUCUGCUUCUCGGAGCAGCAGGCGGGGAGACGACGGGGAUGAGAAGGGCGGGAGGGACAGAGGGAGGGGAGGAGGCGAGGAUGGGGGUGCCUCGAGCCGGUUUCCCAGGGAUUCGAGCACGUCUAGUAGGAGCAGUAACGCUGAUAGGCUGUCGCGGUAUCGGUCUGAUGCGGCAAGCAUGCUGGGUGCUCUAGAGGAGGAGACGGGCAAGGACGAUGCUUCGCCUAGGGACCGGGAGAGGGAGUUGAGGGAUCGGGGGAAGGAUGAGAAGGAGCGGGGGAAGGACAAGGUGCCAACGACGCCAGGGUCUUUGCGGAGAGACAAGGCGGACAGUAGCAGCAAGAGCAAGAAGAGCAGUGGCGGAGGGGGGAUUAUCAGGCACAAAUCCGCGGAUAUUUCUAAGAUGUUGAAUGUAGGGGGGGAUGAUGGUGAUGGGGGUGGGCGGAAGGGCAGGGGCGGGAGGGAUACGGACAGCCUUGCGGGCGGGAUUGGGAAGUCGGGAGGAGGUGGGGGGAGGAGCAGUGGACGUAAGAUGGAAAGAUCCGCUAGCAAUCAGUCCCAGCUGUUGCUAGGCCAACAGUCGGCAGAAGGACGAGGCUCGGACGGCGGCAGGUCCGGCGGGGCCGCUCGACGAGGCUUGGACCGAUCCAGAUCCCCGGACGGGAAGGGGAGGUCCGGUAAGGAUGGGGAGGGCAGGCAUGGACGAAAAUCGUCGAUCGACUUGGAGGAGAAGGAGAGGGAGGAGGGGAAGAGAUCGCCGAGUGUGAAGGGCAAGGAUGACAAGGAGGAGGCGGUGGGAGGGAGAGGCAGCAGCAGCGGCGGCAGGAGGGCAUCGAACCGGGAUCUAGUGCGCCGUAUGUCUCCCUCCUGGCGGUCAGAUGAAGACUCUGUGUCGUCCCCCUCACGCCCCCCCACGGGGUCUCGCCUCCGGGGAACUGGCAGCAGCAGCAGCAGGAGGCAGAUGGAGAGCCCGUCAGGCUCGGGUGGGUCUGGCCGGGAACGAAGCGGCGGCGCAGUCUCGGGACGGUCGUUGCAGGUGUUGGAAGAGUCGGAUGCGGAAGGAGGGGGGUGGACUAGUGUGAAGAACCCGGGGGAAUCGCCGGGAUCGGGAAAGGAGAAGAAGGGUGGAGGGGACGAGGCGAAGGGAGAGGGGGGAGGAGGGGGGAAGGAGGGAGGGGAUGAGGAGGGUGGUGGGGGGAAAGUGACAGCGAAUGGUGUGGCGGAGGAGGGGGAGGCAGGGGAAGGAGGAGGGGAUGCGGAAGGGGCAGGUGGGGAGGAGGGCAAGACAGGGGAUGCGGUGGCAGAAGGGGUGAACGGCACACAUGGCAAGGAGAAGGAGAGGGAGAGGGAGAGAGGGGGAGACGGGGACUACCAACGAACAGACAGCAGAAGUUCCAGAACCGGAUCCUACAGUCGAGACCGGGACAGAGACAGGGACAGGGAUAGGGCAUCGGGGUACGGGCACACAGCCAGUGGCAGGGGGGGUAUUCCCAAGUCUCCAAGGCAGGGGGGUGGUGCUGGUGUUCCGCUGCGCUCCCCCAAGCGCGGCGGGCGGGAUGGGGAGGACGGCGGUGCAGGGGAUGACAGUGCUCUAUCCAGGAACAAGUCGGUGAGUGCCUCGUGGCUUGAAGCAGAAGAGGUGAAGCGGGGAGAGGGCGGCGGGCACGAGCGGGGCGAGAGGGACGGCCGGAGGGAGCGAGGCGGGAGGAGAGGGGAGGACGGCGGCGGGGAGUUUGGAGGGUUUGGUGGAGGGGGGAGGGAGAGGGGCGGGGGCGGUGGAUGGGAUGAUGACGAUCGGAGCGACAGAAGCAGGGAGAGGAACAGGGACCGGGACCGGGAUCGGUACAGGGAGCGCGAUCGUGACAAGGACUGGUUGCGGGAGAAGGACGGGAGGAGGGAGAGCGGCGGCGGCGGUGGUGGUGGCGGCAGUGGUGUGAGCAGCAGCAGCCGGCGUGGGUCAGAGGCUGGGGGCAGUUCAGCCCUGCGGGGUCAUAGGCAGAAGUCCCAAGACCUGUCGCUGCUGGUGCCGCAGGCGAGGGAGGGAGAGGGCGGCGCAGGUUCAGGGAGAAGAGACGCGCGGAGCAGGGGAGGCGGUGGGGAGGAGUCGGAGCGGGAGAGUGAGUGGGAGCGGGAGAGGGACGGGGAGAGGGGGGGCGGCAGGCACAAGGAGAGGGAGAGGCACCGUGAGAGGGGUGGGAGGGAGCGGGAUGGGGAUGGGGACGGGGAGAGGAGGCGGUCAGGGCAUGGGGGCGGCAAGGGCAGUGGGCUGUCGAGGCAUAACUCCUCCGAUGUGUCUGCACUCGCAUCAGCAAAAGAAGCUGCAUUGCAGCACCCGCUCGCCACCUUACCACCCCUCCACCUCACCACCCACCUCAUCCUCCUAUUCACGGUUGCAAACUUCCGACAUCUGCUGUACCUGUCUGCUGUUCCAAAUUCCUGGGCCCCAUCCUCCCUUUCUUAUCACCACCCUUGCUUCUCCCCAACUUCUUCCUCCUCUCAAUCCUCCUGCCCGCCUCCUCGGAACCUGCUAGUGCUUCCUGCGGCUUGCCAGUUCUUUUUUGUCGAGCUGACUGAGCUUACCUGUGUGAAGCACUACCGAGUCCGCAUCUGCUUCCGCCACUGCUCCGCCAACCCCUGCAGCCACCAUCCCGCUCCCACCACAAAUCAGCCUCAGCUGCUGCACCGCUCGCUUCCGCUUCUGGGCCUUCUGCCAUACUUGCACCUUCCACCACCGCCUCUUCCGCUCGCCGCUUCGCACUCCCACCACGAUCUCGCCUCCUCCUGUCGUUCCCAGGCCAGGGCGUUCCGUAGAUUUCACGGCGCGCACCGUUCAUUUCCACCGUUGAUUUUCAUCCCCUCCACAAACUUUCGUCCUUCCGCCCUGCUCACCAUGUUCCGUUCCGCCAAGCGCGUUCUCCUCCCCGCCGCGCGCGCAGCCGCCGGCGUCGCGCGGAUCCACGGAUCCGCCGCUGCGCCCGCCGAGUCGGCGGGCCUAGCGGAGGCUUACAAGCGCGUGGCGCCGCAGCUGGACGUGCCGUCCACGCCGCUGACUUACCUCAAGGAGCGCCCCGCCGUGGCAGCCGCGAUCCCGGAAAAGCUUACGCUUAACCUCUCGCUACCUCACGCUGUGCCGUUCAGCGCGAAAGAGGUGGACAGCGUGAUCAUCCCUGCCACGUCAGGCCAGAUGGGCGUCCUUCCAGGCCACGUGGCGUCCAUUGCGGAGCUCAAGCCAGGCCUGCUGACAGUCAUCGAAGGAACAACCGAGACAAAGCUCUUUGUGAGCAGCGGAUUCGCGUUCGUGCACCCCAACAGCGUGCUCGACGUGGCAGCCGUUGAUGCGGUGCCGCUGGACCAGAUCGACGGCGAGGAGGUGAAGAAGGGCCUGGCUGCGGCACACGCCAAGGUGGCCAGUGCGAGCUCUGAUUUGGAGAAGGCAGAGGCGCAGAUUAGCGUGGAUGUCCACACUAUCCCCUUGCUGCUGGCGGAGCUGGUGCGCACGCCCCAGGGGCCGCUAGGCGCGCUCCCAUCAUCUCCCCAUAUCCAUACCCACCCUCACCCUCACCCCCUCACUUCCCCCCCUUUUACCCCCCCGGCAGCCAUCCCCUCGUUGCUGGCGGAGCUGGUGCGCACGCCCCAGGGCCCGCUGGGCGCGCUGACGUGGCGCAGCAAGGGCGUGGAGGACGCGCCCCCGCCCUCCAUGGCCUCGCGCGCGCUCACUCUCUUCGGACAGACUGCCUCGUUCGAGGAUGCGAGAGGCAAGAUUCUCCGUGUCAGUAUGGGUGAAGGCGUGGUGGUGAAUCUCAUGGCAACCAAGGCAGGGUCGCGGCGCAGUGGCGACAUGCACAACUGCUCCCAGCACGACGUCAUUCUCUCUGGCCGCACUAACCUCCACCUCACGGACCUAGUGAGUGGAGGGGAGGAGGUGAGGGAAUACGAUGGUCGCCUCAACGUCAUCACCAUACCCCCACGGGUGCCGCACAUGUUCCACUUCCUGGAGGACAAUCUCAUGAUCGAGUGGUGGGACUGUGACUUCCAAGCAUGGUACUACCGUCCAUAUAGAGACAUCGUAGAGGCUUAG